AUGAUGCACAUGUUAGGAAACUCCUUAUACUAUUUGUCAGCGCCUAGCCAUCUUUACCAGCUGAAUAUGGAUGACCCCUACAAUCCCAACAUCACAGGAACCUUGCUAGAAUUUGCGUCACAAGUUUUGGCCACAGUGUUCUACAAUUGGAUUUUGUACAACUUGCUGUUGAUUUCGGCGGGCUAUCGUUUUACUUUGGGGUCAAAAGAUCAACGGUUUCUUUGGUUUAUAAGGUGGGUGACCAUUUGCACUGUUACAAGAGGCUCAAUAUCCGCUAUUCAAGAUACAUACUUUCACCAUCAGCCAGUGGUAGAAAGAAUGCUCUCAGAAAUGAUGGAAAUGCUCUUUGUGUUACAAUAUUUGGUCUGCUUCAUCCCUGGCUCCUACUUCUCGGUCAAAACAUAUUCUGAAUUAUGCUCACAUGGAAGAAACUCAGCUGCAAACAGAUUUUUCGCAACGGCGACACUGAUACUAUUGGCAAUUCUGUUUGAUCUGUACGCAAGUGCCAAUCAUCCACAAAGUCUGCUUUGGAGAAUUGAAAAGUCCAAAUUUGUCAGACACUUUGUUCAUUUGGUAGCUACCCUAUUGGUAGCCUUUUUGUGGAAAGAUACCAUUCUAGAAUCGGAGAAGGUUUUGAAGGGAGAAUGA